CGUUGAUAAAAAGCAAAAGCAAACACCAAGGUGUAUGUAUCAUUGCACCACUUUAUUGUGAGGGUUCAAGUUGACAAGUCCUUGGCGUGCUAUAUAUGGGCGUCUAAGGCAACAAGAAGAAUCAUAGCCACUAUGAAAAAAAAGAAGGGGUGUUUAAGAUGGGAUGAAGCUAAUCUUGCUGAAAUUGAGGCAAAUAAACCUUCAAGGCAAAAGAUUACUGAACCCAAGACACCAUAUCCCCCAAUGAUUGGGGAAGAUGGUUCACUGUCUCCUUUAAGGGACUCUGUUAAUGGAAGCAUUGGCCAUUCUGCACAUGCUGAAGCUCUAAGAAAUGCUUUAAAUGAAGCAGUUUCAAGUCAAAAACAUUGUCAGGGAUGGACAUCAUCAUCUGAAGAUGAGGCUGCAGAUCCCAUGAAGCAAGCUGAAGAUUUUGCAAAGAUAAGGCAUGGCAUGAGCUUUAACGAUCGUAAGAGAGAACAUUAUGACGAGUUCUGGAGGGUGAAAGAGCUCAAGAAAAAGGGAUGCUUGCUGGAGAAUGAGAAUGAUGAGGAUGAUGAUGCAGGCAGAGGGAGGUAUGAUUCAUCUUCUUCGUUUAGUGAUGGGGUGAGAGAAAUACACAUUGAAGGUGAUGAUGAGAGUCAUCGAACAAUAGUCAUUCAUGGAGAUGCUGAGAGUUUGCCUCAAAGACAAAUCCUUCCAUGCUCAAACACUUAGAAUCAAGCCGCCAAAGUUGAAACUAAGUAAUCAGUCAGACCUUUUGUUUGCAUCUAUUCUAAUUCAAUGGGUACACAAUAUAGCACAUUGCAGUCCAACAAAG